GAAGAGAAUCAGGGAGUUCGCCAUUUUGUGGGUGGAGAAUCUUUGGUCUCCGGCAAUUGAGGGGCUUGUGUAGACGCCAAAACCUGUAGGCUUGCUUUUGCACAGUGCCUGAAUUCAGUCUAGGGUUGGGGAACUCCAACUUCUAAAGCGGACGCGAACUCCUGCUUUCCUAGCUACUUAAGGCACAGAGGGCGGCAGGCCUCUGGGCGAGGAGGUGAUGCUGCGGCAGGAGGCGGGCUCUCGCCUGCCAGCAACCCAAUAAUCGCGCGCCGCUCCUCCAGUUCGGAGGCUGAUUGGUGGUUGCCAUAGCUCCGGUCGAUGGCUUGACAAGAUGGCGGCGGCGGGUCGGCUGCGAUAGCUGUCGCGCCUACCCGACCUUCUCGGCUUCUAGGGAGGUCCGAGGCAUGGGCUUAACGCCGCAGGCCUCUCUCCUCUUGGGGCUUCUCGUUCUGCAGGGCGUCCUGAGGCCGCUGUCGGGGGUUCACGUUUUCAUCCCUCCUUUCAUCCGCAUGUCCGACCCUGAAGUCAGCGCGUCCCUGGUAGGCGGAGGCGAGGAUGUGACCGUAUCCCUGUCCCGGCUACAGGAAGAGGAGGGAUUANUACCUGCUCCACAUUGUGAAGUGCUGAACAAUGAGACAGAAGACUGGAGUUUGACUGUGAUACCCAGUGUGAAUGCAUUGGAAGUGACAGUGCGGUUGAAGAGUAGUCUGCAAAGGUGUUCCUCUAAUGAGACAUAUUUCUUCUCAGAGUCCCCAUGUAUUGUCCAAACUCUUCUGGUUUCAGCAUCUCACAAUUCAUCUUGUUUAGCACACCUACUCAUUCAAGUGGAAAUUUAUGCCAACUCUUCUCUGGCCCAUAAUGCAUCAGAAAACAUGACUGUUAUUCCUAACCAGGUGUAUCAGCCCCUUGGUCGAUGUCCUUGCAAUUUAACAGCUGGGGCCUGUGAUGUUCGCUGCUGCUGUGACCAGGAAUGCUCAUCAGGUAUAAGAGAGCUCUUCAAAUCGUCCUGUUUCACCGGUGUUUUUGGAGGAGAUGUUAAUCCUCUUUUUGAUCAGCUCUGCUGUGCUCGGAGGGCCCAUGGAGUCCCGGGCUGGUCUCUGCUCCUCUGCGUGCAGUCCUUGCUUGCCAACUCGCCUUUCCUGGGUCACUUCUACCAUGGCUUUGCUUUCUCUAGACAGCUCACUUCCUGGGGAGCCUAUUUGCCUGCCGAGCUAAAAGACUUCUCAGACUUUGGUUACAAACAAGGAGAUCCAAUUAUGAUUGUAGAUAACUCAUAUUUUACUAUUCCGCAGGUGUCCCUGGUUGGUCAGUGCCUGCAGGGGGCCCCAGUUGCCUUCCUUCAUAAUUUGGAUGUUCAAUGUAUUACUGACUUGGAAGUAUACCAGGAACAAGGUCGGAUUAUCAAUGUGAAGAUAAAGAACGGGGCUGUGGGAGGCAUUGUUACAGCAAAAGUAACCUAUGAGGAAGCAACUGGCCUGGACAAAUUCAUCACCAGUACAGCAACACUUCUAAGUAAUGGAUCAGCCUCCAGAAACGUGCAUGUGGAAGAACAUUAUAUUUUCAGAUGGAACAAUAACACAAUCAGUGAAAUAAACCUCAAAAUUAUUAGAGCAGAAAUUAAUUCCCACCAGAAAGGAAUCCUAACACAGAGAUUUACAGUAAAAUUUGUAAGUUCUAGCAAUAGUGAUGAAAAGGAAUCAUCUGGAAAUCCAGGUUACCAACUUGGCAGGCCUGUUCGAGCUCUCAAUAUCAACAACAUGAACAAUGCUACGACUUUACACCGGUGGCAUUCGGCUGGAAGGGGUUUGUGUACAUCAGCCACUCUCAAAGCCAUUUUAUUUGGAGAAAAUGUGCUAUCAGGGUGCCUUUUAGAAGUUGGGAUUAAUGAAAACUGUACUUGGUUCAGGGAAAAUGCUGGUAAACUACUGGAUUCAUUAAUACAAAUAACUCAUGUUGCAAUGAGAGGCAAUUCCGAUUACAAUGAUCUUAGUGAUGGCUGGCUCGAAAUAAUACGUGCAGAUGCCCCUGCUGCAGGUACAGACCCAUCUGUCAGUGUGCAAGGCAUCUGCCUGGAUAUUCCUACUCAGCUGAAUAUCCGCAUCCUCACCUCAGAGGCGGGGGCAGUGGAAGGGAUCACUCAGCGGGAGAUCCUUGGUGUAGAGACAAGUCUGCCUGAGGUUCUUCACAGAGUGGUGGACGUGUUGCCCACAAACUCCUUCUUCCCAGUUUCUCCUCUAGGAGCUGGCAGUUCCAGUGUGGGCUCACUUGUGAGAAUGAGGUUGACCUCUUCCCUGUCAGUGUGGCAGUGCAGUUUAUUGAGAUCCCUGCACGCUUACCUCAGCCGCAGACAAGAUUCCAGAUUAAUUUUACCGAGUAUGACUGUGACAGAAAUGAGGUGUGUUGGCUGCAACUUCUAUAUCCAUUGACACGGUAUUAUCUAGGAGAGCCUUAUUCUCAGUGUGUUGCCAAGGGCUUCCUAUUGGUAUCCUUCUUAUUUACUUUACUCCUCAGUACCUCCUGGACCAGGAUAUGCAAACCUUGAAAGCAAUGACCAUCUAACUUCUUAUAGACCAUAGACUUUUAUUUCCAUGAUUCUUUUAGAACUCCUCUGUGUCCCUCUGUAACAUUUUAAUAUUAAUAAAGUAUUUUUUUGUGUGUGUGGAACUUUUA